UGACUGAGGAUAGAGGAAGCACGGUUCCUAUUAAAGGCUUUUUUCUUUCAUUGCUGCCCACGUAGAAAGCGAAAAACUAAAUCUGUUUAUAUGUUCCUGAAUAAACUGUUGCAAGUUUUCCUUCCAAUAGACAAGAAAAACAUUAAGCUUGCAUGCUCCUUUUCGCGUGAUGUUCUUUGAAAUGACGGUGUGCACCAGCCCCCUUCUCUUAAAUACGGAGGCGGGCGGCCAAGAUUGAACUGGUCGUCUUUUGUUUAGCCUGCUUCAUCGGUCUCCAUUCGGCAGACGUCACCGCUAUCCUUACUCGAGUGUGGCGGCGGCGUUUUGCGUAGAGUUGUUCCACCGGCAGGCGGGCAACGAGGUCGUGUGUUGCUGUUUGUGUGGGGGUCUGGAGUAGGACUGUGGGCAUUGAAGAAGGCGGCGACGGUGGAGGAGGACGUUUCCUUCCCUCGAUGCUAAGCGCAGGAAUGGAAGAAUUUAUUACCGAGGAGGAAGAGCCAUGGUACGACCAACAAGAUCUCGAACAGGACCUCCACCUAGCAGCAGAGCUGGGGAAGACUCUGCUGGAGAGGAACAAGGAGCUGGAGGACUCCCUGCAGCAGAUGUACCUCACUAAUGAGGAGCAGGUGCAGGAGAUCGAGUACCUGGCCAAGCAGCUGGAUGUCUUGCGGGACAUGAAUGAGCAGCAUGCUAAGGUGUAUGAGCAGCUGGAUGGCACAGCCAGAGAACUGGAGGUCACCAACCGUACUCUGUUGCUGGACAGCAAGGCCUCACAGCACAAGAUAGAGAGGCUGACGUGCACCAUCGAUGCUCUCCAGGCCCAAGUGGAGGCUCUCUCUGGGCAGGUGGAGAAGCUGCGCUCCCUGGAACAGCUCCGGGUCCGGAGGGAGAAGAGAGAACGACGCAAGACCAUCCACUCCUUCCCCUGUCUCAGGGAGCUGUGCACCGCCCCCAGUUACGAGGACGGCUUCGUGGUGGGCCGGGCGGAGAGCUUCUCGUUGGAGUUGAAGCGGCAGCCGAUGGAGGAGGAGAACGAGCGGCUGAGGGAGGCGGUGUCGGACCUGCGCUCCGCCGUGAGGACGGAGAGAGGCCGGCGCGAGGGGGUGGAGAGGGAGUGCCACGCCCUACUCGGAGAGUUCUCCCGCCUGGAGGCCCGCGUGCAGGGUGCCGAGAGCUGCCAGGUGCGCGUGCGGGAGCUGGAGGCGGAGCUACAGGAGCUGCAGCAGCUCCGGCGCGCGCGCACCCUCCUCCUGAGCAGCGAGGACGACGGCGUGGGCUUCACCCAGACCCUCCUCAACAACACCCCCGAGACUGACACCCUGGAGGGGGCUGCGGACGAGGCGGGCGGGGGGGUGAGGGAGGAGACGGAGGGCGGGGGAGGCGUGGGCGGGCAGGCCUUGCCCGCCUCCAGCCCGGUCAGGAAGAGCUGCAGCGACACGGCGCUGAACGCCAUCGUGGCCCGCGACGCCUCGGGCCGGCGGCGGGGCAGCUACGCCCUCCACGCCAACAGCGUGAGGAAGAGGGGGAUGUCCAUCCUGAGGGAGGUGGACGAGCAGUACCACGCCCUGCUGGAGAAGUACGAGGAGCUGCUGGGGAAGUGCCGGCGCCACGAGGAGAACCUCUGCCAUGCCGGCGUACAGACCUCCAGGCCCGUCUCCAGAGACCCCUCCAUGAAGGACUGCGCCGUGGGGGCCUCGCCCACCCCGGCACCCCCUCCCACGCCCACCCAGUCCCCCUCCACCCCGGAGGCCAUGGAGAGCAUCAGCAAGCAGGUGGAGGCGGUGGACAAGCGCCUGGGACAGAACACGCCGGAAUACAAGGCCCUCUUCAAGGAGAUCUUCUCUCGCAUUCAGAAGACCAAGACUGACAUCAAAGCCACCAAAGCCACCAAAUCUAGCAAGCCCAGCAAGCCUAGCAAGUCAGGGGGUGGUAAAAGCAGUAAACAGUGAUAUUUACUGACUGGAUGCAGAGUGGGAGUUUGUGAUGUAACCCAGAGCUUUAAUUUGUUAGAGGGAAGCCAGCCAGAGACCCUGCACUGACCUACAGCGCCCCCCAGAGGACGCUUCCCAUCUGGGUUGAGGUUGAUUCACUACUAUAGCCGAGAAAGAUUCACUAUAUUAGAAUCAGAUAAAAAGAACACCGCUCAAGGAUACUCAAACAUAUUCAACACCAUUCAGUUUCAUUUCAUAAUUGAAACACUUGUCUUACUUGCAAAUCUCAUGUCCGUUUUUUGUGUUCUCCUAUCACAACUGCUGCUCCAACCUGUCCUCGGUUACCAACCAACCCAGUGUUGUUAUGGCAGUAAAACUUGUGUACUUCCUCUGAAUGUUACUGUUAUGUUUCUGAGCGCCUGGCUGCCUUUCCUUAUCAUGUGAGAUUGUCCCUCCUUUUCAGCUGCCUUUGCUAUGGCUACCUGCAUCACAGGUAUAACUGUCACUCCAAAAACCAUUGGAGGAGGAGGAUUCAAACAGAGAUUGCUUUUAUACUUUAUUCCCUCUGGGACACAGAUUUAAAAGAAAUGCACUAAACUUCAAGGACUUGCAUUGUACAGUCUUAUCGCCCAAUUUUCUGCCUCCGAAAAAAACACAACCGUCUCACGGAGAACUAACAAAAUGGCUCCUGUGUGACUGCACUGUGCGAUCAUCCCACCCUGGACUCAGCCUCUGUGUUGUCUGGUAGAACCAUGGCCCCAUAAACUGUUGCCGAUGAAGUGUACGUCUAAUGGGGAAACCUAAGCCUUUUGCCCAGAGAACAAUGCUAGAAUGUUGCACUGCUCUGUGUUGGUUUCACAUCAUCUUGAAUACUGUGUUUUAUAUUCUAGGGAAACUUCUACUCUGGUCUGCAGUCUGGCUAGAGCUUCGCUACAUACUCAUAGGAUUUCAAAGGGGGAUCAAGGUUGAUUGAAAUAGGGAUGGGUGUUCUAAUGUUCCUCUAGGUUGAAUAUAGAAAACAGCAGACUCCAGCUGUGAGAUGUGCUAGCAUCACUGUCCCUCCAUCCUUUAACCAACUUAAUGCCAAAAAACCUUAAAUGGGAGAAUCUUUAUGUUGUUGAGACAGGAUAAGGAGUCCUUAAUUGGACCCACUAAACAGUGAAGGUGACCUGGUACCAUGGGGCGGGGGAGUGGAGUGAUGUGUGGUAGGGGUGGAGGUGGGUCAGAGUGGGGGGUAAGAUGUCAGGUAAAAUAGACCAGGAAGGUAAUGAGGGUCCAGAAUAGAGAGCAAUAAACCGAAGUGGUGACAUCACGACUGUGAGGGGAGUCUGGGUAAGGUUGAUGAUCCGAGAAGGAUACUGAGACUGUUUUCGCCGAAUGUUGCUUUUGCUCUGAAAUGUAUUUACUCUUAAUGAUAAGCCUUGAAUGUGAUUGGCUGAGAGAACACUAUGGCCUGCUUACCUGCUCUGAGGCUGUUGCCUGGCUACCUACUCUACAGAUGCAUCAGACAAUCCACACAGAUUGCUGUCUUUUCUGUUUUCUGGGAAUUAUAAACAACUCCUGCUACUAAUAUUGGUUGUGAAACGCUAGCGACACAGGUGAGUUGCUUGGUCAAAUGUGAAAUGCAAUGUAUCUUUUUAUUCAUUUAUAUAUCUUAGGGACUCUAUGUAAGCAAUUUCUGGUUGCUGAGGAAAGUGUGAGGAUGCUAUUGUAUGUUAUCUACCACAACAAACUAAGGGGGGGGGGGGGGCAGGGGUCUUUUUUAUUGUGAUUAUAACUGAAACACUUUGGAUUUGGUCUUAAAGACAAGAUUGCUCCAGAAACAAUGGAAUGAUAAUUAAACUAUCAUAAGUAUUACUAACCAGGGUUAGUGGUGGUACCACUGACUUUGUCUUUACCACCCUCUCAAUCUAACAGUCCUAUACAGUGUUGCACAGUAUACCUUAUAAGGGCCUUGUCUUUUAAAAAACAAAACAUGGACAACAGUAUAGAAAACAGUUUAUGAGCAAUGCUGCCAUUGUUGCUUUCUUUGAAUUAGUCAUUAAUCAAAUACUAACAUCACAAAUGCGUACACCUUAUUUACUGUGAGGGAAAGAGAAGAACCAUAUCUGUAAUGUAAUUUUCUAUAGCCUAUCAGCAGUAGUCAAAGUCUAAACUCAUCUCAAGCUUCAAACCCAGCAUAAGGCCGGUAGACUGGGCAGGGCAAAAUUGAACGGUGAAUUAUGAGUGAAGCUGCGGUGUGGGUGUUCCAUGUCGGUGGAUUUUCUAAUGAGAAUCAUAUUUAGUUUUUUUAGUUUUCAUCUCAGGGUCAAUCAGUAAGUUGCCGGGUGAAAAGAAGCUAGGCACCAAAGCACAUCUCAAAGUGUUAAUUUUACACCAGGAGUGUAUUGGACCAUCUUAUGAGCGGACCUAAAAUAUUCAAACAUUCAACGAAUAGACUACAAUAUCUCCUGGUCGUUAAAUGAACACUGUGAAAUGUGCUUUGAGUAUAGGCUAUCCGUUGACGUUUUCUCAGUAGGUCCUGCAGAGGUGUUGUGUGAAGUAGCCUAGGCUUCACAUCCAGUCUGUGGUCGAGUUCUGUUCGUUAAUCAAUGAUAGUGCAGGGCAGAAAAUGCUGGCGAUCAUCGCUGCGGGGUGGCGUGUGUGAAAACACUGUGUCCAUUAGGAUAUUUUGCUACGGUCAUGAAGCCUGAGAGAAUUACUCCAAAAUUGGGCCCUUUUUUUUCCUUCAAUCUAGGGUUCAUUAGGGAUCUGUACUUUCUUACCUCUUGCACUUGAAAAUGUAUCUGCCCGACAGGCUACUCUUGCAUAUUUAUUAUUGGGUAAUAUUAACUUCGUCUUACUCUGUCUAUUUAUUCAUCUAUGUGCGUGAACAUUGUUAUAAUCUGCUUUCGUGCCUAUGUAAGUGUAUCAUUAACAUAUCAUUAGAACCAAUUGGUUGUAUUUAUUUCUUCUUUUAUACAUUAUCAUAAAGUUUCAAAUUGUAUUCUUAGCUAGUCUUUAGCAUUGUGUUUCGUCAUAACACACUAUGAUCUCAUCAGUGAAUUAGAAUCAUUCUUGUGUUGACUUAACAUCGUCUCUAUAUCUUUAUGACUAACUCCUAUGAUGAGCUAUGUGCUUAUUAAAGCAACAA